AUGGCCAUCACAGAGAAGAAAGGGUUUGCAGAGUCCACUCGACCGGACGGCUCUCCAAACGGCCAGGACAUUGCCCGCACAGAUAGCGCUAACUUACGCGUGGUCGCCAAGCGCGAACUCGACGAUACAGCAAUCUUCUACAACCAGCACAAAGACAGCGUCGCCCCCUUGGACGCAGCAGGACUACGGAAGCUCACGCGCAAGAAUUUCUGGUUCCUCCUCAGUCAGACAUGGUGGAUUGCCUUCCUCAUCCACCUGGACAAGUCGACCCUAUCCCAGGCCAGUACGAUGGGUAUCUUCGACGAUGUCAAUAUGACGAAGAACCAGUACAAUGAUCUCUUUGUGGUGUUCUAUGCUGGAUACCUUAUCGCGCUGUGGCCUGGGGCGGCGUUGAGUCAGAGGAUUGGGCAUAAGUAUUUUAUUACGGGGGACUACGAGAAUCGGCGCCAUCGCUAA